UUUAAACACAAUGAAAUACACUCUGGCUCUUGUGCUGAUGGCUGCCAUGGUGGCUUGCGUCCUGGCAAGUCGCUAUGGUUAUGGAGGCGGCUAUGGAGGUGGUUAUGGAGGUUAUGGUGGCUACGGAGGUGGUUAUGGUGGCUAUGGAGGUGGCUAUUAUAGCGGCUAUGGAAGAGGCUAUGGUGGCUAUGGGAGAGGCUAUGGUGGCUACGGAGGAGGCUAUGGUGGCUACGGAGGAGGCUAUGGACUUUUGUUCGACCAUGCUCUCGUUAAGAGAAUACAAAUCAAACUUGAGAAAUUCCUGCUUUAUCCAAAGAGCUCGCGCCCCUUUGGAAAUUACUGA